AUGGCCGAUUGGAAUGCUCUGACAAUCACAUCCAGUCCCCAAGAUGUCUUCAUUGCGGUCAUGGGCCUUACGGGUGUGGGUAAAUCUACCUUCGUGACCUUGUGCACUCAAAAGGAGAUCCAGAUUGGCCACAAACUUGAGUCCUGCACGUCCUCGGUAUCAAUCUUCUCAUUUCGGCAUAAGUCCAAGACUGUCCAUCUCAUCGACACACCCGGCUUCAACGACACCACGCGCUCCGAAUCAGAGGUGCUGCAAGAAGUUGCGUACUGGCUGUCGACAGCAUACGGCAAGGCCGACGCAAAGCUGGAAGACAGGUUCCGCCUCAAUGGCAUCGUCUACCUCCACUCCAUCGCGGACGUUCGAUGGAGUGGUUCCACGCGCCGAAGCCUGAAUAUGCUUCGUACCAUCUGCGGCCCCGAAAACUACGAUGCCAUUGUCCUGACCACCACAUUCUGGGACCAAGUGGACCGAGAGACAGGCAAGGUCCGCGAGGCCCAACUCAUCGGAGACAUGAACAAAUGGGGCCAGCUUGUCCACACAUCCCCCAAAAGCUCGGUCCGAAGACACGACCAGGGGUAUAAGACUGCCAUCAACAUCAUCGACGGCAUCAUAGAUCGAGGCGUCAAGUACGAAUUGCUCAUCCAGAAGGAGCUCGCGAAACCCGGUGCCACGCUGCACGACACCACCGCCGGUCGCGAGGCCCAACUGCUCUGGGAGAAGGACAUUGAGCGCUUUCAACAGGAGCUCGGCUAUGCCAAGGAAGCAAUGAAGGAGAGCCAGCAGCAAUCCGACGGAACCCUCGUCACUGAGAUGGCCAGGCUCAAAUCGUCCAUCAACCAGGGCCGGGCCGCGCUCAGCGAGUUGUACCUGCCCAAAAAGGAGCUCGAGAACCGCUGGGUGUCGAGGAAUACUCGCGACGUGGAACUGCUCCAGCAACAGAUCGUCAAGUGUCAGAAGACCAUCGAAGACUUGUUCAAGCGAUCUGCCAGCACUUUGUCCCCGUCUUCAAAUGGCACUCCGCCACCGGCCUACUCGCGGCGGACGAGCGACGAGUCUACGGCGUCGUCGGCGAACAGCCUUCUCGAGCAGGAACGCCGGUGGAAGAAGGACCUCAUGGCGCAGAAGAUGGCAAAGCUGGCCGCGAGGAGCAUGCAUAUCAAUGUUGCGUCGGCGUUGUUUGGCGGCGUGUCUGCCGGAGUCGCCAUCCUGCCCCUUUUGCCUUACUUGGCAGCCUGUUGCGUUAUGUGA